AUGGAUACCCGCUUCCCUAUCUCACGCGAAGAUCUGUAUAACCUACAGAUGGAGGUGAAGCAAGUUCAAUAUACCCAGAGCAAUCAUGCGGAGCGACUAUUGAGGCUCGAGAAGCGCAAUGCGGAUGAUUCAGCUUUGAAAUCGGUGUGGAAUUCCCCGUUUCCUGGCGUCUUGGGUGGAACACCACAUCAAGGACCGGUCCAAACACCGCACAACGAUGUUUUUGACGACCUGGACGAGCAAGGGGAGCAAUUGCUCGGCUCGCUUCAUCUUGGGCCAGCCGAAGAAGAGCCAGUGCGACGUGGUGCGGCUUCUCGAGCUAAUAGUGUCAGAUUCGAUGAAAGCGCCUUGCAUGGCUCGAGUUGGGGCGGUCAAAGCAAUCGACACUCGGGAGACUUUGGGCCAUUGCGACCUGGCAGCGGCCUUAUGAUGGAACGCACCUUGUCCCACAAAUCCGAUGGACGACACAGCUCUGCCGGCCAUUCAGUUCACUCGCACCACUCAGUAGCUUCGGGUCGUGCCAGCAGCCUUGGAUUGGAUACCAACUAUGCAGGUGGUGAUGAUGACUCGUCAUCGUUCGAGAUAACCGGCCCACCAGUGUCUCUUUAUGUGCUAGGCACCGUGCCAUCCAUCGUUCGUUGCUGGCUCACCACAAACUUUGCACAUGGAACGCUGUUGUACGCGGACAUUUGCACUGGCUCCCAAAAGUCUGUCGUUGAUUCUUCGUUGCUCAAGGAGCUGGAUCUCUUGGACGAAGUUGAACGAGAUGCCGACGGCGUGUAUCGAAUCAGGUUGAACGUGUAUCUGGCUGAAGCAGUAGCUACACGCCAAGGAAGCCGUAAUGGAACUUCGACUGGAGCGGUGCCAUCCAUGGCAGUUGCGUUUGAGAUCACUGGCAACGAGCAAUCUGGUGUAAGUGGGGAUCGUAGGGGUAUUCGCAUUUACAUCGGAAGUGACGCCUUAAGGGCCCAUUCUGCGGAUAUACUCUUUUCACAAAACACUAUGGUGCUAUUCGGAAACGAACAAGAGCGGCUCCGAGUUCCAUUUGUGCGACCCGAGGAUGAAAAUGCGUUCCGACAUAUAUACACGACAAGCAUCACGCCGGAAAAGCCAAAGUUGAACGCGAACGCGACACCAUUCGUUCUACGAGACGCUCGGACAUCGAAUAAUGGUGGAGUUGUUGCCCCAUCCCCGGGAACACAACUUGACAAAGGCGAACCUGAACGACCAAUAUCGCCUGUUGGCUUAGGUAGCGAGUCUCACAAAUCAGAAGAACGGCAAGCAACGUCUGAACACGGCGGUGAUAUCGACAACCACGGACGAGACGGAAAUUUUUCUGAAACGAGCGGUAGAGAUGAAUCGAGCAUUUCAGAGUCGUCCCGACGAGAAUCAUCAUCAAUUUCGACGGGUAUUUGGGGCUCGUGGCGACAAGGUGCAGGCGCUGGGCCUGAAGGGACGCAUCGAGAAACCGGGCCGUUGAGCGGAUACCAACCAGCAGGUCGCAGUGGACGUAACAUGAAAGUCCUGAAGCCUUUGAAAUCCAGUUCCAACUCUGCCCGAACCGGGGCAGCGUAUGAACCGCCCCUGCCGCCCAAAUCGUCCAGUGAGGGUAGGCGCAAGAGCCAGGUCAGCUUGAAUGGUGAAAGUGGUGCCGGGGCCGGUGCUGUCAACCGAUGGGAUGUCAAACGUUCUGUCAGCUCGGGCGCAGAGCUCAAGACGCAGAGUGCAAAUCAAGAGAACCAAAAAGGGGCGACGCUCCCUCGAUCAGCCAACCCGGUUGGAGUGGCGUCUGCAUUCUCUUGGAUGACACCGACGAGCAAGCCGUCGAAAAUAUCAGCGACGCGAGAGUAA